AGACUGUUGAUCCUCUGAGUCCUGUUUGUGUCCAAGCCGUCGUCUUCUGAUCUGCUGGGAAAAAUGGCCGCUGUUUGGACCAGACUUCUUCUCCUGGGAGUGAUUGUUGCCGUCGCACACGGGCUGACGUGCCGCCGCUGUCCGAUCGGGAUCUUGGGGCGAUGUCUGAUCCCCAGCGAUGAUGUCCAAUGCGACAACUCAACCAGCAGCUGCUUCAGCGGGUCUACGUCGUUCAAUGGCACCUCUAGUGCAUUCCGACUUCAAACCCGGGGGUGUGUGAUUACUGCCGCCUGUGACCGGACAGUGGCCGGCACCUUCCUGGGAAUCGGUUUUACCACCUCCAUCGCCUGCUGCAGGACGGACCUGUGCAACGGAGGGACAUCGGUGCAGCUGUCGCUCGCUGCCGCGUGCGCUGCCGUGCUGGCGUCACUGUGGGCUCGUUAGACGACUACUACGAUGCUACACUGCGUUCUCUGCAGAUAGAGCUAUGAAUAAAUACAUAACUGAUUAAAGAGACCAUAAUAUGGAUUUGGAUUUAAAUGUGUUGAUUUAAGUGUGCGGCAUGUCAGAAUAUUGGUUUUAUAAAGUUGACUAUUGGUAACUGGUUUAAAUAAUAUUGAAGAAUUAAAGGGUGAAAACGUU